UUUGUGACACUCGGGUAAGUCUUGGGCAAGUUUGUAGUCCAUACAGACGAUAUUUAUCUGAAAGUUCAUGCCGGGCCUAGUCAUGACAACCACCAGAUGUGGGAGGUAGCUACAAUGAUGGGGUGAUACUUGUGAAUGCUUUGGGUGGCAUGUUUUCGGCCCGAUCUGGAGCGCAUAUGACUUGUUCUGGCACGUUUCAAGCGAUAUUUUGGCCGCUUGUGAGCUCAGAGCGCUGGCCUCCCUGAUUGGAACGUGUGACGAACAGCUACAUUUCAGCAUUACCGAAACCACGUGGUGGCAUAGAUUGACUCCGUGGUCCGAGAAUCCGAAUCAACAUGGAAAAGAAUCGCUAUCCCUUGCCGGUGACAUUGCUGUCCGGCUUUUUGGGCUCGGGUAAGACCACUCUGCUCAAGCACAUCCUGGAGAGCCGCGAUCCCAACCUGAAAGUGGCUGUCUUGGUCAACGACAUGGCCGAACUCAAUAUUGAUGCUGCCUUGGUGAAGAACGCUAAUGUGCUUCAGCAGCAGGAGAAGAUGAUUGAGAUGCACAACGGCUGCAUCUGCUGCACUUUGCGCGAAGAUCUGCUCCUGGAAUUGACCCGGCUGGCCUUGUCCAAUCACUUUGACGCCAUCCUCAUUGAAAGCACGGGCGUGAGUGAGCCGCAACAAGUGGCCGAGACGUUCACGUUCGACUUUGAGCAUGACCACGACCACGAUGGGGAACACGACCACGAUGGGGAACACGACCACGACCAUGAGAAAGAACAUCCAGGCCAAAAUGACCAGGAUCAAGAAGCCCUGUCUGACAAGAUCAAGGCCCAGACUGAGAAACGGCAGGACAUGUUGGAGGAGUUGGGCGAAGCCUUGGCGCAAGUGGGUCAGGUCAUCGGACACAAGCCUCACAGCCUGAAUGAUAUCACCCGAUUGGACACGUGUGUGACCGUGAUCGAUUGCCAAGCCUUCAGUGGCGACAUCACUUCGUGUACCACACUCUUGGAGCGUUAUCACGAAAAGGGGGGCGUGGACGAGGAGGAUGAUCGUAACAUCGCUGAGCUCUUUAUCGAUCAAAUCGAAUUUGCCAACGUGGUAUUGUUGAACAAGACUGAUCUCGUGCAAGAGAAAGAAAUCCAGGCCAUCCGACAGUUGGUUCACGUGCUCAAUCCCACGGCCAAGGUGGUCCUUACCCAACAUUCGAAAGUGCCUUGUGAAGCCAUCGUGAACACGGGUCUCUUCAAUAUGGACGAAGCUGCCCGUAGUGCGGGAUGGCUCAAAUCCUUGCUGGAAGAUAUCAAACCCGAAACGGAAGAAUACGGCAUCAGCAGCUUCGUUUAUCGGGCUCGAACGCCUUUUCAUCCGCGACGAAUCUUUCAGUUCCUGGAGAAGUUGUUCCUCUUGGAAUUGGUCACGUAUGACGACGACGAAGAAGAAAAGGUCAUGAAUGAGGGUGAAUCCGAAGCUGCCACCGACGUGGCCAGAGAUAAACCCAUUGAGAAUGAAGAAGAAGACGACCAGGCCAAGGACGAGAAACUGAGUGACGAGGCGGCGAAAGCGAAACGUGAUGCCACCUAUGCUAAAUGCCAGAAAUAUAUGAAGACCAACUUUGGCCAAAUCUUUCGUUCCAAAGGUUUCAUGUGGUUUGCCGGUCGGGAUUUUCAACAUGCCGAGUGGAGUCAGGCCGGAGCCAAUGGAGAAGUCUCUUGUGGCGGUCCCUGGAUGGGCGUGAUGCCCCCAGAGGCGUUCCCUGAAAAGGACACGGAUGCUGCUCGUCUGAUCGAGAAAGACAUGGUGCCCGGUUUGAUCCAGGAUCGGAGGCAGGAGCUCGUGUUUAUCGGCCAAGAGCUCAAGAAAGAGGCUCUCAUCAAGGCCUUGGAUGAAUGUCUGCUGAAGCCGGAGGACAACCCCAAGUCCAAAGUGGCCAAAGGAACAAGUGAGGAUGAGAGGAAGAAUGCUUGGAAAUUUGGUUGGAAACCUAAGGAUCCUGAAACGGAUGGUGACUUGUUACCGCCUUGGCCGAGUGUUGAAGAUCAAUUAAUGUUCUUCACUGAUAAUGACGACCAUGAGGAGGAGGAGGAGGAAGGAAAAAAAUCCGUUCCGUGAAAUGCAGCCAAUUAAUAUCAAUACAACCAAGCAAAUGUUGGCUGGAAA